AUGGCUGCGAUGGACAACAGCACGACGGAGCAGCGACCAUUAGACGGCAAUGAUGGAGGAUCAACACAGAGUACCCCAUCACAAAGCAAUGUCAGCGAGCCUGUGAAAUCUCUGGGUCCUGUAUGCGCGUUGUGCGCCAGGCUCAAAAUUGCCUGCGAUCGCGGCAGGCCUUGCAGUAACUGCGUCAAAAAGCAGUUUGAGUGCUUCUAUUGGAAUGAGGUAACCAAGCGGCCGGUUUUCAGUUCAAAUGAGGCUUCUGGAUCCAAUCAAUACGAUGAUAACGGCCCCCAUCAGACUCUAGCGCGCACAGUUGGACAUGGCCAGUAUCCAGGACCGAGUCUAAACAGCCCUUCAGGAUCGCAGCAACUUCCGGCGAUUUUUGCGCCGUAUGGCUCUUUCCAAGCAACGCAAGCACCACAGACAGCAACGGCGUUGCCUUCGACAAAUCCACUUACCGAAGCUCAGCGAGCUGCCCGCGACUUUCACAUGAGCCAUGGUGAUCCAGGUGCAAACACCACCAGUCUGUCCACCCUUGCAGGGUAUUAUGCAGAUCAAAAUGACGGUGGUCCUGGUCGCGAUGGCGCACGACUCGCUUGGCGGCAUGCCAUCACAUAUAGCGGGGUUCAUUCAUACGACGAUGAUUUUGAACCAGACGAUAUAGAGGGGACAGACAAACUUCUCAGCGAAGCUGGACAAACGAAGACCAGAGGAAGCGGUUCUCGUGGUGGCCGAGGUCGACGCGGUUGGCGGCAGCUCCUCAAGGGAACCGAGCAUGAAGAUGUCGGCAAGACCCCAUCCUCUCGCGGCGUGCCAAACAUUCGUCGUGGUCGAGGUGUUCGUGGCGGUCGACGCAGUAAACCCAUAGAUCCAGGUCACAAUUUCAAGAUGUUCAUGCAGGAGGCGACCAAGGCAUUUUUCGACCUUGACUACGAAGCCGCUGCUGAUUUCUGUCGACAAGCCAUUGCGGUCAAUCCUGAGAUCUUUGGUGCUCACUCUCUUCUGUCCACUGUUUUGAAUGCUCAAGGACGUCGACAGGAUUCUAUACAGGCUCUUGAGUAUGGCGCGGUGACUGUGCGAAGUGCCGAAAUCUGGGAAAUGCUGGCCGCUAGGAUUGUUGAUGUUCCACCCGAGCAGCGUACGUAUGGUCUUAUUCACAAGGCUAUCGAAUGCUAUUCCGAAGCAAUCAAGAUGACAAGGCCGGAGACCGCUCAAUUCGAGCUUCGAGCUAAAAAGUACGAGCUUUACAAGGAGCUGAACGAGUCUAAGGGCUGUCGCAUGGACCUGAGAAAUAUCCUCAGGAUUUGGCCGCACAAGACCUACUAUAUGAGGGAGUAUGCACAGCAAUGUGCAGCUUGGCAUGACAGGAGCGAGCUCAAGGUUGCCUUCGACAAAUAUGAAGCCGCUUUCGAACAAUACAAAAAUGAGGAGACCUUUGGCGACGCAGAUGACCCAACUGAUCCCUGGGAGCAUCUGAACACAUAUCUGGAGUUGGCGGACAUGGUUGCGAACCCUUGGACCAGCAUUUACAAGGCGAAGCAAAUAUCCAGAUGGCUACUUGGUCGUCAAAAUGAGUCUUUCUGGGAUAGGUUUAGCGGAGACGAUCGUGAAUUUGAUAUCACCAACGAACGACGAGCUUACGUUCCGGAAUGGCAGAUGGGCAAGGCCAGUGGCGACAGUACGGAAUAUGGUGAGGGUCUGCCGAUCGAGAUCCGAGUUCGGCUGGGCAUGUUUCGCCUCAAGAUGGGUCUCGCACAUCAUGAGGAAGCACUGAGGCAUUUUAGGCCACUACUUGAAUUGGAAGAAAACAUUGGCGAUUUCUGGGAGGUAUUCGUCCAGGUUGCGCAGGCUCUUCGAGGUGCCGGCUUCUUGAAAGAGGCUGCUGAAUUCUACGAUCCACUUCGAAAUUGGCCAGACGCCGUGAGCAAGAUCUACGGGCUAGAUGAAAAGACAUGGAUGGCAUUGGCAACAUGCUAUCAUGCACUACGGAGAAAUGAUGAUGCCAUUAUUUGCUACGAAGUGGUCCAAGGUCGUCAGGAAGACAACUAUGAUCGAGCCAGUGCAGCGCUGGCAAAGCUGUACGAGGAUAAAGGUGAGCUCGACAAGGCUCGCUACAUCUGCGACGAAUUCAUCAAUAGAGGUCGGCACGACCUUCUCAUAGAUUCAGGCGUGCAGAUGGUGCCAGAGCAUGUCAGAAAUAUGCCCGCGAGGAUACCUCUCCCUCCGCAUAUACCGUCAGGGAAGGUCACCCCUGGCAUCAAGCCUCGCAUUGAAAGAGCUCCGCCAAGACCACUAAUGCCUGUUGGUGCCGACCCUGGCCAAACUCCACUACUCUUGCCGGCUCCCUCAAAUGGCACUCCGCGCAAGUCAGGUCCCCAAAAGGCUAAGACGGAAGCGAAGAAACAACUAGGGCCAACAUCAAAGGAGGUCGAACUGCUUGCGGAACCAAAAUCAAAAGUGCGAGCGGGCCGAGAGAGGAAGAAGAGGAAGAGAGAUGAAAUGAAUAUCUUGGAGGCAAUUUGUGGACCAGUGGCAGACUCCGAGCUGGUUGAAGAGAUCGACCAGGUCAAGCGACCAAGAUUGACGAAGAGGCCAAAGGCUCCUUCGAAAGCUGAAGCCAAAGCGAAGGCCAGACAAGAGCAAAUCAACGACAGCCAGGCACGAGUGCAGGCUUUCUAUGCUACAGUCAAACUUCUAUGGCCCCGUGCAAAGGACGGAAAGGAUGAAAGCGUCGUCGAACAGUGGAUUGACGCAGCCCUGGGCAUGCUCGGCGACUUUGCCGCGCAGAAAGUCUUCUUUCCAUAUCGGGAUAAAGGCGUGAACGUCAGGGUCUCGGACAAGACAGAAACCAGGCUGGUAGCUGACACGAAGAGUAGUGGUUCAGCCAGGGAAUAUCUCGGCAUACCGUUUCCUGAAUGGCACCGCGUCUUCGUCGAUCUCGCGCUCUUCUACGCUCGGAAUGCGGAGCAAGACAAAUGCUAUCGGAUUCUGCAGGAUGUCUUAUUCGCGGCAAAUGUGUUUUGUCUGAACAGGAAGCUGAAGUGGACACAGAAUGCUGCAGCCAUCUAUUGUGGCCAGGUGUUCAACGACAGCCAAUACCUCAUCGAGCUCACUCGAGACAUCAUCAAAGACGGCCAAUGCCGCAGUGGCGAAUCAUACCAGCUAUUCGCGGCCCUCAACCGCUUUUCGUUUGGCAGCAACUGGUUCAGCGCUGGUCCUACGCAGAAAUUCAUGCUGCGACAAGUCAAAGCCCUCGACUUCUUGGCUAUGAGCCCGGAAAUGCGGAAAGGCUUUGACUGGUCAGCACAGGCACCCACGCUAGAGAAGAGGAGUGGAGAGCCCACUGACGAUAAUUCGGAGCUAAAUGCUGGAGUCUUGUUGACGUAUGGCCACAUGGUCGCUGUGGCCAACCACUCCUUCAGCGCUUUGCCAUACUACUAUCGAGCUCUCGCGAUACAACCAGAGAACAUCUGCGUCAAUCUCAGCAUUGCGGCAAUGUGGAUCCAGAACUCGAUGAAGCGACAAGUUUCAAAUCGGCAAUUUGGCAUUACUCAAGGGUUGUCGUUCCUGUACCGAUACUAUGACCUGCGUGUCGCGAGUGGUAAAGUCUGCCAUCUACAGGAGGCAGAGUACAAUACAGCUCGUAUGUGGCAUUACCUUGGCUUGACUCACCUCGCCAUGCCUGCUUACGAGAAUGUGCUGGGCCUAAGUGAGCAGGUGCAGGAAGAGGCGAGACGAGAUAGGGCAACUGGUGAUGGAGAAGCCGACGGCCGUCUCGUGCUUGGGGAUGACGGCUCCGUAGCUGAAGGCCGUGAUAUUGAAGACUUUGCUCAAGAGGCUGCAUAUGCCCUUCAAGGCUUGUAUGCCCUGGUCGGCAACGACGAAGCCGCACGAGCCGUCACUGAGGACUGGUUGGUCAUUUGA